GGUUUUCUGAUCAAACAGGACUCAGAGUAGCAUCCUGUCAUCGUCCAGGCCCUGUGGAAUAAUCCCUCGUGUGAUCCUGGAACUAUGGAAGUGCAGGCAGCGGACUAGACCCCCGCAACCCUCUUCCUCACAAAACAUCUCCAAAGAAAGCCAAGAAGAGAGCGGAGGGAGCGAGCUCCAACGUGUUCUCCAUGUUUGAGCAGGCCCAGAUCCAGGAGUUCAAAGAGGCUUUCACCAUCAUGGAUCAAAACAGAGACGGAUUCAUAGACAAGAACGACCUGAGGGACACUUUUGCAGCUUUAGGCCGGUUAAACGUCAAACAGGAAGAGAUUGACGAUAUGCUGAAGGAGGCUCCGGGUCCGGUCAACUUUACAGUCUUUCUCACCAUGUUUGGGGAGAAACUAAAAGGUGCUGACCCAGAGGAGACCAUCCUGAAUGCUUUCAAAGUCUUUGACCCCGAGGGAACAGGAACACUAAAGAAAGAUUACGUGACUGAGAUGUUGACGACCCAGGCAGACAGAUUCUCGGCUGAAGAGAUGGAACAGAUGUUUGUAGCAUUUCCUCCUGAUGUAGCAGGGAACCUAGACUACAAGAACCUGGUCCACAUCAUAACACACGGUGAAGAGAAGGACCAGGAAUAGAUGGAGUCAGCCUCACCGAUCCAGCUGGUGUCCAGUUACGCCGGCACACACACCAACGUCUGAAUAAAAAAGUUGAAAAAGAAA